CCCGCCGGCGAAGCCGAGGGGCAGGCCCGGCCCGGGUCUGACCGGCCUCCCAGCCAGGGUCUGGGUCGACGCUCCGUGCUUCAGCGCUGCCUCAUCCCCUCUUCACUGUUUCUUCUCGGGGCAGGGACGCCCGUAGUUAUUGGCAGAUCAUGGAGGGAGCUGGAAAAGGCACCGUGUCCCUCUUGGCUUCGCUUUAAAAUGGGGGCUUCGGUUUAGCUGCAGCAGCUCUGAGGGUUCCAGCUCUGGCAUUCUGGGAUAACCGGAUGCUGAGGGAAGAGGGACGCUGCUUUCCCUUUUGCUUACUGCAGAUCUGCCUAAAAGUGGGGGAGGGAUGGGAUCCUCUGGAAAACUGUGGCAGCCCCGGGAGGAGGCUAACCCUUAAUCUUUACACCUGCGGUAUUUAAGCUCGUGUUUAAAGCAGAAUUCAAAAUCACAAGGGAGAUGAGCCACAGAAAAAGGAAACUGUGGUAGAGUCUGGACCGUUCGAGAGUCUCAAGCCCUCGAGAGAAGACCAUCUAGAUGGGAUGAGCAGGGUCUGUUUUGGCAGCGGAGAUUGUAGGGGAAAAACACGGAACUACCUCUACCCGAUCUGGUCACCAUACGCCUAUUACCUUUACUGUUACAAAUACCGGAUCACCCUCCGGGAGAAGAUGCUGCCUUGUUAUAAAAGCAUCAUAUAUAAGGAACGGGAGGACUUGACACUCCGGCCCCGUUACUGCCUUCAGUGCUCCGAGUCCCCAGCAGGCCUCCAGGGGGUCAGAAGCACCGAGCAGGGUGACCACGACCAGCUUAAAGAAUUAUACUCGGCUGGGAACCUGACGGUGCUGGCUACUGACCCCCUGCUUCACCAGGAUCCAGUACAGUUAGACUUCCACUUCCGCUGCACCCCCCAAACCUCUACCCAUUGGCACGGCCUUCUCUGUGAUCAUCGACUCUUCCUGGAUAUCCCAUAUCAGGCCUUGGAUCAAGGCAACUGGGAAAGUUUGACUGCAACACUGGAGUAUGUGGAGGAGAAGACCAACGUGGACUUGGUGUUUGUAAGCUUCCAAAAUAACCGGAAUGACAGAGGUGCCCUGCUACGGGCCUUCAGCUACAUGGGCUUUGAGGUGGUCAGACCAGAUCACCCUGUCCUCCCUCCCUGGGACAAUGUCAUCUUUAUGGUGUAUCCCCUUGAAAGGGAACUUGGCCACCUGCCCAGUGAGCCUCCCUGAACAUGCCUAUUCCUGUUGAGGGGCUGGGAGCCUUGACCAGUGGGAACCAGGAUGUGAUUCAGGACACCUUUCAUCCUAGAAAUAAAGGGUAGUGCAAUC